GCUGGACUUUCGACGUUCCUAUCCGCUAGGAAUGGAGUGGGGCGAGAUCUUUAUCUCCUUACUAUCGACCUCUGAAAACAAAACGGAAAAGUAAGCGGAAUACUUGCUUGACAAGGUUCCCAGCGCGCUGUUGCUGGCACAGCAGUCUUUUCCCUCCUCGAGUGUACUCGGUCGUCGUGUUUGUCCUUGUUGAUAUUACUCCUUUGACCAGUGAAGAUACAUUGGCGCUGGCUUGUUUAAGCAGCACCCGGGUAGAGGGGUGAGCCACUGGAAGGUUGUGGCGACAGCGGAUGUAUGCAUGAUGAUGAGAGCAUGCUGAUGUGGCUCUGCAUUGCGUUGUGGGUGGUACCGAAGCUACGACCGGUCAUCGAAAUGCACAUUGGCUCAAUUGAUUACCUAGGUGCACUAAUUACGGAGUUUGGCCUAUCUGAUAAUGUAUCUCGAUUGUUGGUGGAAGCCUACAAGGAAGACACUAUCACGAUGGACAUCGUCCGCGAACUUGAGGUCCGAGACAAGGCCACAUCUGAUGAGUUUGUGGUGGUGGAUAGGUUACUCUUUCUUGAAAAGGUUGGGUUCAAAAGAUUAGUAGUUCCAUCUAGGGAGAUUUUGCGUAGUUUAUUUUUAGGCGAGAGCCACGACGCAACGAGACAUUUUGGCUAUAAAAAGACUAGUGCUAACUUAGUACAACGAUUCUGGUGGCCUAACAUGCUGGACGAUCCAAAGAAGUAUGUACAAACUUGUCAGGUCUGUCAGCGGGACAAGCCGCGAACUCAAGCUCUGCUUGGGUUGUUAAAGCCUCUACCCAUUCCUGCUGGUCCGAGAGAGAGUGUUUCCAUGGACUUCAUGGAUACCCUCGUGACCAGCAAGAGUGGCAAGAGGCAUAUCUUCGUCAUAGUUGAUAGGUUUACUAAGUACGCUAGACUCGUUGCCAUGCUGAAGAUAGCCAGGACUAAGCACGUCAUCAAGUUAUUCAUGGAUAACUGGGUGCGUGACUUUGGACUGCCAAGGACUAUUGUUAGUGAUAAAGAUGUCGGCUUCACCAGUGAGAUGUGGAAGAAGGUUGCAGAACAGAUGGGCAGCCAACUCCAGAUGACUUCAGGGAAUCAUCCUGAAGUCAACGGGCAGGCUGAACAAAUGAACCAAGUGGUGCAGCAUCUGCAGAGGCACUAUAUAAAGCCCAGCCAAGAUGAUUGGGGUGAGAAAUUGCCUCUCAUCGCCAAUCUGUACAACACUGUUAUACCCAGCACCACCGAUGUCACUCCUAAUCAGCUGCACUUGGGGUGGAAGCCUAGAUCUGCUCUAGACUUCCUCCUGCCUGAGAACCAACCUGCUGCAACCCCUGGAACCAUUGAAUUUAGUGUCCAGUAUAAGAAGUUGCUGCAGCAGGCUGUCAAACAUAUAAAGAAAUCUCAGGAAGCUAUGAUUGCUUAUGAGAACAAGUAUCGUCGACAGUCCACCUUUCAGGUAGAGGAACAUGUUUGGGUUAAGGCUAGUGAGUUGGGACAGGAGUUAGGCAUCUCUAGAAAACUAAUGCCCCAGUAUUUCGGUCCCUGGGAAGUCUUAGAUAUUGUGGGUAGUGAAGAGGAUGGUCCCUCGUACGUGAUUCAUAUCCCUGGUCACCUACGCACUUACCCUGUGUUUCACGCCUCAAAGCUUGCACCUUUCGCCGAGACACAGCAGUUCCCAUCAAGGACAUCUAUGUUGCCCCCAACCAUGGAUGGCCACGUGGACGCUGACGACAUCUUGCAACACAGAGACAUGCCUGUUCCCAAGCCAGCUGGCAAGGGAAGACCGCCUAAACCUAUCAGAGAGUACAGAGUCCGGUUCAGGCAUUAUACGGAUCCAAAGGAAGAUCGUUGGUUCAAAAGGGAGGAACUUGUCAAGACAGCUCCUCAGAUCGUGGCUGAGUACGAACGUACAUUGAAGGGGAAGGCACCUGCAUAAGCAACAUCUCAGCUGUAACGAGCGUGAGGCUGAGGGCUGGUGUGUCCGAAGGAGUCGGAAGCAGAAUCUCAUGUAGGAACAAAGUGUCCAAGUGUCU